CCCAGCAGGGAUGUUCAAAGCUCAUCAAGGAAUAGGAAUCUGCACACAAUGUCCUCCCAAUAGUCGCUCCACAUCAGAAGCUGCUGCCAUCUGCACUUGUCGCAACGGAUACUACCGGUCUGACUUUGAUCCGUCUGAGGUAGCUUGUACUAGUGUUCCCUCAGGACCUCGCAAUGUAAUCUCUAUUGUCAAUGAGACUUCAAUUAUAUUAGAAUGGCACCCACCUCGGGAUACAGGAGGUCGUGAUGAUGUCACCUAUAACAUAGUCUGCAAAAAGUGUCGAUCAGAUCGCCGUAGCUGCUCCCGCUGCGAUGACAAUGUGGAUUUUGUACCAAGACAACUGGGGCUUACAGGAACUCGAGUCUUCAUCAGCAACCUGUGGGCCCAUACACCAUACACCUUUGAGAUCCAAGCUGUCAGUGGAGUUUCCAAUAAAAGCCCAUUCCCACCACAGCAUGCCUCAGUGAACAUCACCACCAACCAAGCAGCACCUUCCACAGUUCCUAUUAUGCACCAGGUAAGUGCCACCAUGAGGAGCAUCACACUGUCAUGGCCUCAGCCAGAACAGCCCAAUGGCAUCAUCCUGGACUAUGAAAUCCGUUAUUAUGAGAAGCUGAGCCGGAUCUGCAUCCCUGAGAUUAGCAGCGCCAUGGGCUCAAGACCAGCUACCGACCACAAUGAGUACAACUCCUCUAUGGCCAAAAGUCAGACCAACACUGCACGAAUUGAUGGCCUCCGGCCUGGGAUGGUUUAUGUAGUGCAGGUGCGGGCUCGGACUGUGGCUGGCUAUGGGAAAUACAGUGGAAAAAUGUGCUUCCAAACUCUGACAGAUGAUGACUACAAGUCAGAACUGAGAGAACAACUGCCAUUGAUUGCUGGCUCUGCCGCAGCAGGGGUCGUCUUCAUUGUCUCCUUAGUGGCUAUUUCAAUUGUUUGCAGCAGGAAACGAGCAUAUAGCAAAGAGGCAGUAUACAGUGAUAAGCUACAGCAUUACAGUACUGGUAGAGGCUCCCCUGGAAUGAAGAUCUACAUUGAUCCUUUUACAUAUGAGGACCCCAAUGAAGCUGUCCGUGAAUUUGCCAAGGAAAUUGAUGUGUCUUUCGUGAAGAUUGAAGAAGUCAUUGGAGCAGGAGAAUUUGGUGAAGUUUAUAAAGGGCGCCUGAAACUGCCUGGCAAGAGAGAAAUCUAUGUGGCUAUUAAGACAUUAAAGGCCGGCUAUUCUGAAAAACAACGACGGGAUUUCCUAAGUGAAGCCAGCAUCAUGGGUCAGUUUGACCAUCCAAAUAUUAUUCGGCUGGAGGGGGUUGUCACUAAAAGUCGGCCAGUGAUGAUUAUCACAGAAUUUAUGGAAAAUGGAGCCUUGGAUUCUUUUCUGCGACAAAAUGAUGGCCAGUUUACAGUCAUUCAGCUGGUGGGAAUGCUACGAGGGAUUGCAGCUGGCAUGAAAUACCUUGCAGAAAUGAAUUAUGUCCACCGUGAUCUUGCAGCCAGGAAUAUCCUGGUCAACAGCAACCUGGUCUGUAAAGUGUCUGAUUUUGGCUUGUCUCGCUACCUGCAAGAUGACACCUCAGAUCCAACUUAUACCAGCUCUUUGGUAAGUAGUUUGCACAUAAGAACACCUGUGGAGGUUAACAGGUGUUUUCAAUAAUUAGCUUUCAGCUUCUUAUAAUAAUUUACAUACUACAUUGGUCCACUUUUCUAAUUAUUUAUAUUACAAAUGGUCCAGAUUGAAU